AGUGAGAGGGAACAACAGUAACGUUCACCACUACUUUGCCUCACUCAAGUGCACGGUCUUCGCCAACCCGCGCGCCAGUGUAUUUAUCGACUAGCUUACCACAUUGCAGCCUAGGACCAUGGACGCCAGGAUAGGGUGAAGGAGGAGAGGAAGACGCUAACAAUUUAAAGAAAAGAAAAGUGUUUGUUUGUUUGUUUGUUUGCGAGGGAUAUAAAUUAAACCGUAACUGGGGAAAUUUGUGAGACUCCAAGGGGGUUGUAAGUUCUUCUGGUGGACUUGUGAGACUUUUUGAGUGGCGGCGGGUGGUUACUGGAGUGCCAGAAAGUAAGGUGCCUCAGGGCGGUGCUGGAAGAUGUGGUGGAAAUGGACCUUGGCGUUGGCACUGCUGCUGGCAAUGUUUGCCGUGGCGCGGGCGGACGAGGACAAGAAACAAGACAAAGUCGAUGAAGUCGAGUUACAACGGCAAGAAAAACUUGCAAAGGUCGCCAAGAUUUUAGAAAAGGAGGGAAAGUAUGAUCCGAUGCGUUCCAGAGUAGCGCCGCCAGAUUUUAUACCAUCGUCAGGAAGCAGCAGUAGAGCCAAACGUGAUUUAGAUCCAAUGAUGUCCCGGAUGGCGCCGCGUCAGUACGGUAAGGAGAAUGCCCCUUACGUCAUCAGUGCAGAACGCCUGGCAACGAUCCGCGCCGAACUCACGUACCCGUUUUUCGACACGGACAUCUACGGCGGCACUGGCGAUCUAGAGACGAACGUCAACUCACAGAACACCCAGGUCAACAAGCAGCUCACCUUCCUCCUGCCUUUCUUCGGCUUCGGGCUCAACUACACCUGGGUAUCACUCAACGGAUACUUGGGGUUCUCGGACGCGCCCUUCAACUGGAAGCAUUACCCCCUCAGCUUCCCUGUGCCACAGUGGCCGGACCGUCCUGAUCCGUCUUUCAUUGGACCCUUCUACUCUAAAUGCAACAUCGGACAACUGAGACCCCGCGACCUCGACACCAGACAGCCUGGAUUGUAUUGGAGGUUGGAGCGUGACCUUCCCUCCCGCGAGGACCAGUUCGGAGUUGAGAUCCGUGAGCGGGUCAAGUGGGAUAUCCGUGAGGGUAUUGUAGGCGCCACCAUCUUCAAGCCGAAACACGUCAUUAUCGUCACCUGGAAGAAUGUCACCUUUGCCGGUGGUUCCGUCAACACUGAUGCUAAAUAUGUCACCAACACCUUCCAACUGGUGGUGGUCACGGACGAGAUCAGGACUUACUGUCUCUUUAACUAUGCCUACAUGAAGUGGACCUCCCAUACCGAAGCUGGCGGCUCUACUGACGAGGGACAAGGUGGAACCCCUGCUUAUGUCGGGUUCAACGCCGGGAACGGGACCCGCGCCUACGAAUACACUCCCUACAGCCAGCAGCUCUACAUCCGUGACCUCGCGACCUCCGGCAAUGCCACUGGCCUCCCAGGGCGACAUAUCUUCCGGAUUGACGAGAAGAUCCUCUCCGGCUGCUGCAGGAGGGAGGAACAACUGAAGGUGUACCCGCUGACGUUCUCACCCGAGCAAGGCAACAUGCUGGGAGGUACUCUAGUCAACCUGACGGGGCCCUGCUUCAGUGAGAGCUACCGCCUCACCUGCCAGUUCGAUACCACCACUGUCGAGGGCCACGUGCUCGACACCAAUCGGGCCUCCUGUAUCGUGCCUCAGCUCCUCGUCUCAGGCUACGUCGACUUUUCCAUCUCCAUCAACAGUGGACCUUACUACUGGAAGGGCAAGUUCUUCGUCGAGACACCACUGACGUCGCCUGAGGGAGUAUGGUUCAGGGAUGACAACUACCAACAACACUCACCCGAAACCAUGGAGAUCAGUUGGCUGGCAGGUAACUUGACCAUGAACAGAGACGCGCCUGUCGUAAUGUCCCUCUGGGGUUACCGAGAGAUCACCGUGCAGCCAGAACUCAUCUACAUCGACAUCCUUGUGGACGGGGUGCCCAACACAGGAUCGUACACCCUCACCCCGACCGACUACGCCAACAACAACAACUACAACCAGCUGGACCUGGAGAUGGGUCUUCUCAUGAUCAACCUCACCACCCCGGAGCCUCAGUUCGGGCUCAAACAAUCCACGGUGGUGUGGUCACGUCCCAUUCCGUUGGCCUGGUACUUCCAUUUCCAGUGGGAGCGACUCUACGGCACCAAUUGGCAGGUGGCCAUGUGUGACAGGUGGAUCGAGAACGACAGGAACCUCAGGAACUUUGCUUACGAGGUGGAACGCUGCCCGUGCCUCCUAAAGCAGGCAGUGGCAGACAGGGGAAGGUUCCUUCCAGACUUCUCGUGUGACCGUGACGGCAACACUGAGUGCGAAUACCACUUCGGCGCCAUCCACUGUGUCCGUACCGCCCUUCCCAAGUACUAAGGACGGGCAGGUCAACAGUGUUGCUACGAUCGUGACGGCUACCUCAUGAUGACUGCUGACAAGAUGUGGGGCGGCAACCCUCACCGAGCACAUAAUCUCGGCAAGACGCCCUUCAACGAGGCCAACAAGGUACCGAGUAUGUCUCACUGGUACCAUGACGUCAUCCCCUUCUACACGUGUUGCAAGUGGCAGGGUGAACAGUCCCCCGGCUGUGUCACCUACAGGUUCGAGCGACGCGCCUCCCAGGACUGUGUCGGCUACCAACCUCCUACUGCUGCCACGGUGUUCGGUGACCCUCACAUCUACACCUUCGACGACCUGCCCUACACGUUCAACGGGAAGGGGGAAUUCGUGCUGGUGAGGGUCGACUCUCUCCGUCACGUGCUUGAUGUUCAGGGCCGCUUCGAGCAGAUCUCCAAGAACUACCUUGGCGAGUCUAAAGGCUCCAUGCUCACAGCUGUUGCAGCUCGAGACAACAUAUCAUCAGUAGUGGAGGUUCGUCAACGCCCCACAGACGCUAUCUGGCGCUACCACUUGGACGUGAUCGUGGACGGACAGAGGGUGUACUUCGACAGGUACUCUCAGAAGAUCCAGCAGUUCAGAGAAUGCGUGGUGUACACUCCUAGCAACAUCCUCAACCAGAGCCACGUCAUCAUCAUGUUUGCCUCCGGGGCGGGCGUCGAGGUUAUGGAGAAUAUGGGAUUCCUCGGCACCAGGAUAUACCUACCUCUGAGCUUUGCGAACAUAACACGGGGACUCUUCGGUAAUUGGACGUUUGAUCCUGCAGACGACUUCGUGCUGCCUGACGGUUCUGAGGGCCCCAGCGUAGACAGUAACAACCUUGAGCUCAUCCACAAGCAGUUUGCCAUGAAUUGGGUGCUGGACGACAAGGAGUCUCCGUAUGUAGGGAAGAGUCUGUUCUUCCACGAGAGUUCCCGCUCCAGCAACUACUACUACGACUUUGAGUUUAUACCACAAUGGAAUUCCCAUCCAGAUCUCUCCCCCAACGCGACAACACCCAUGGCUGACAUAGAUCGGGUGUGUGGUGACUCUUACCAAUGCUACUACGACUACGUGGUCACGCUCAGGAGGGACUUCGCCGUCAUGACCAAGUACUACCAGGACCAGUUCGUCAACAUCAAGAAAGAGGGACUCACAAAUGUGGUGUCGUGUGGAGCACUGCCAACACCUCCUAAUGGGCGUAAAUCAACGUUUAACUUCCUGAGUGGCGCUGAGGUGAAGUUCGACUGUGACCCGGGCUACGUGUUGCUUGGUGAGCAGCGCCGUUGGUGCUACGCCUCCGGGGACUGGAACUGGCCUGAGGAUGGCGAGGCUUUGUGUGUCACUGAGGCGGAGUACCUGAUGAUGCAGCAGGGGAUAACUGCCGGUACCGUGCUGGCCGUCCUCUUGCCAGUCCUCUUCGCCCUCUUCUGUUUCGCCUCCUACCAGCGCUCCAAGUCUCGCCAAGGCUCACGCCCUCGCCCCCCCUCCCCGCGCCUCGCCAAACCUCCCGCCCCACGCCCGGUCAUAUCACAUCCUAUCCCCACCAAGGACCUUGACUACUACCCCGUCACCACCACUGAAGAUCCUAUCACCUGGAAGGCAGGACCAACUGACCUGAAACUUCUUAGUGAAGCUCCCCUGGGCAGAGCUGACGAAUACAGCACCACAGAAACAGCAGCGUCCUCCAUUACCGCCUCCGUCAGCGACUCCGGCAGUUACAUCUACGCUGACUCUCCCACUCGCCUCGACCCCCUGGGCUGCAGACCCAUGAGAGUUCCCAAGAGUUUUGACGGCGACUACAGCACCCACGAGCCUCUCAACGACAAACCUGUCGUCUUCCAGAAUGUGUUGUGGGACCUGGAUGACAAUCCGUCCAAGGAGUCGAGUGUAUAGCGUCACACUGUCACCUGUUACCGUGGCGCUACAAUAGUUUAUACAUUAGCUGGUAACGAUCUGCCGAGGGGUAAAGAGGGAAUCUGGUGGGAGGAUGUUUGACCGAAGUGUUCUGUUAAAGGCUACAGGUCAAGGUUGCCUCGUCAGGGUAUGCAACCAACCCAUUAAGACUAAGCUUGUCAGUCUUAAUGGACCCGCUGGGACCCAUUUUACCAGUCAACGUUUAAUUAUGCCACAACAAAUUACCUCUUUAUCCUGAAUUUUUGUUUUUCAUGUCGGACUUUCGUUAAGCUGUGUUAAACAAUAAUGAAUUCUAGUUCAUAUCAUCGUGUCUCAUACUAAGAUUUAAGAGGACACACACCAAUAGACGGACGCUAGCUAGUCUAAGUUAUUCUGUUGAGCCAGAUAAACAACUUGCCUUACCAUCAGAGAACAUCGUACGACCACAACGGUUCGUCAUACUAGGGAACUUGAUCCUUUAAUUCCGCAAAUUCUGGCAGUAAAUGUUUUUACUUUAAUAAGAGUAUACCAGGAUAUGUUUACACCUCAGGGUGUAUUCAUGUGGGCGCUUGUCCGUCCGUCCGUCCCUCCGUUCGUACAAACCUGAAUAGGCCCUCUUGCGUCCCACCCGGAGUUGUUAGUAGGAUUGUGUUAUUAUUACCCAGUGUAGAGCAGUGGAAUUUAUAAGGGUUUUUAUAUGCGUCUUUGGAUUUAUCUGCUAAGAGUUUUCAAGCCAUUUUCUUCUGUUUUUCGUCACCCUACCGAGGCUCCGUCGGCUGAGUCCCUAAACCAAAGAUCCCCUCUGGCUCUGAGGAUGGGACAGUACAAUACAGUGCAGUAUACUGUACUGUAGCUUGAGUAUUUGGCCCAGUCAACGGAUCUGUAAUUGUUUAGCAAGUACCGAGCCGACAAUUUUCUUGUCGGGGAACACCACUCAC